UUAUGUGCUGCUAACGCUACGCAGUUAAGGUUACCAUGUGGAUUCAAACAGGAGUAAUAUUACCAUUUAAUAAUUACAGCGUUAUGGGAAGAGCAUACCACACGCUGUGACGAAUUUAACAGGUUACCACUACCUGGUGGCUUUGUUAGCUGCGGAGUUUUCAGUUGGUUGCUGACUAGCCAGCUUUAAAGUUAGCUAACUUAACACUGAACGUUACGGUAGAGCUUCAUGGCGCGAGGUCGAAAACGAGGUGGGAUGUAUGAUACCCCUCAUGGCAGCGGUCCCCGCUUCCCAUCGCAUCCACAGGGGCCUCCCCAGUCGGAGCGACACUGGAUGGGGCCACCACACCGCGAUGAUCCUGGUGAAAACUUCAUGCACGGACAUCCACCGAGGUACCGGAUGCAUAUGGGGGGAAUGUCUGAACCACAUGUCCAUGAUGGUCCAAGACCAAUUCAUCACCCAAUGGAUAUACAGCCGAUGGAUUGUCGUCCUAAUAAUGACACUGACUUGCGUUUCGGCCAAGCCCCUUAUGCGAACGAUUACCAUUCAGAAGCGGAUCGUCCACCGAUGGAUAGACAUUAUCCUCCGAGGGUGUAUGAACAGGGUCUGGAAGGGGAUCGUGAGUUUGAGCCUGUGGAGCGAAGAUUACCGAUAGAUGGCGAACCUGAAUCGAUCCGGUUUAGACGUGUGGAUCAUGGCCAUGGAUAUAUAGAUCCCCACUUGGCACCGACAAACUCUAAUUUCGGACCAGACAGGCGUCAGUUUGGACCUGGUGGUCAUUUUGGACCUAUGGACUCUGACUAUGGUCCAGAUUCGCGCCAGCCUCGACCAGGGGAUCAAUUUUUGCCGAUGGAGUCAGACUUUGGGCAAGAUACGCGUCACUGUGGACCAGGUGGACACCUCGGACCGAUGGAGUCUGACUGCGGGCAAGAUUCGCGUCGGUAUGGACCAGGAGAUCGCUUUGGACCAAUGGAGCCUGCCUUUGGGCCAGAUUCGCGUCAGCGUGUACCAGGAGAUCACUUUGGACCGAUGGAGCCUGACUUUGGGCCAGAUUCGCGUCGGUAUGGACCAGGAGAUCGCUUUGGACCAAUGGAGCCUACCUUUGGGCCAGAUUCGCGUCAGCGUGGACCAGGAGAUCACUUUGAACCGAUGGAGCCUGACUUUGGGCCAGAUUCCCGUCAGCGUGGACCAGGGGAUCACUUUGGACCGAUGGAGUCUGGCUUUGGGCCAGAUUCGCGUCAGCGUGGACCAGGGGAUCACUUUGGACCGAUGGAGUCUGACUUUGGGCCGGACUCACGACAGUCUGGACCAGGGGAUCACUUUGGACCAGUAAAUCCUCGCUUUGCUCAGGGGGAGGAUCAUUACACACAUGUGGGCGCUCGUCUCGGACCCAUCGAUGAUCGCGUUCGACCGUUUGAUCCUCAUUCCGAACUGGAGGAGGAUAAUUAUGUCCGUGACGACCAAUUGCUUGACAAUGUCACUGCGGAAGAGGAGAGUUUUAUACCUGCAGAUCAAAUGGUUGUCAAUGUAGGUCCGGUCGAACGGACCGUUAUCAUUGGUUCAACUGUGGACAACCGAGAAUUUGAGUUGGACAGACAGUUUGACCAAGUGCCACCUCUCUUUCCAAUCGAGGGCGGAGAUCCUCACGGCGUUCGUCCUGCCCGCUUACCUGCCCUGGCGCCUUCAGCUCCGUCUCCAGUGCCCACUCCAGCGCCGCGCCCUCAGGGCAGUGCCCCGACCCCAGCGGUGAAGCCUAGAGCCACCCCCGCGCCCACACCCGUGCCCUCGCCCUCGCCUGCUACCAACGCUCCACCCAAGCCUCCCCCGGGCCGUUCCACAGGGAUCAUCUCCUUCAUAGGGGAUCACAACGGCGUGAUUGAGAGGGACGAUCUGAAGAGGUUCUCCUUCAGCUUCAGUGUGUUUCUGGGCAACAUCAAGAACUUGGUCGCUGGAGUCAAGGUCCAUUUCACCGUCUUCAAAAACAAGAAGAAGAUGGAGUUUGCCACAGACGUGACCAUCCCUCCUGGGGGCACGGAGGAGCUGGACAAUGAGGUGUUUACUGGAGUCAUCAACAAGCACGAGGACUCCAAAGGAGGACUGAUCGAGGCGACGCUGUACGGUAAGCUGCUGGUGCUGCCGUUCGCCAAGUCCGACGCUAAGGGGACGCUUUUCAUGAAGGACCGCGUGACCUUCCAGGUGGUCACUGACCUGGUGACGAGAGCGAAAAGAGCUACGAACGUCAAGCCGCAGUUCCCCCUCACGGUCCAGUUCACCAGGGAGAAGAGGGAGAUGGGUGUGGUCAUGAGUGUGAAGGCCGGUUCCUGCUCCGUCAUGUCGGAGACCCACAGCAGCCUCCAGGCCCACGCCCGAGAGAACCUGAGCGAGGGAGAGCUGUCCGUCAUGGACGAGGUGGAGUUCACCGCCCUCCCGGAGGGGGGCGUUCGACUGCUGAAGUGUGCUCUGACCACAGGCUUGUCUUCACAGGAGGGGGGCGUUCGACUGCUGAAGCUUCCCACAGGCACCGUGACCUUCCAUUCCAGCGCCAAGAACAGAGAGAUGAAGGAGAUGAGGGAGGUGAACGCCGCUGCCAAGAGCAAGUGGAAGCCCAUUGGAUCAGAGGCGACGGUGAAGAAGGAAGUGGUGGAGGAUGUCUGCAGUGAGCUCUUUGAGGGAACAGUGCUUCGACUCCCAGCUAAGGACAAGGAGGGGGUCAACAAUAUGGUGUGUAAUAGGAACAAGGAGCUUCUGCUGGGGAGUUUGCAGACGUCUGUGGGAGGAGUGGAGAGGAAGCUGAGCUUCAGUGCAGACGAUGUGCUAACGAAGGCCACCAUGCUGUAUGGGGAUAAAGUUCAGUUUAAAAUAUCCACCAACCCAACGACCAAGGCAGAGAGGGCCGUCGCCGUGGAGAUCCUGGCCGACACCCUCCAGUGCACAGACACAGAGGAGCAACGCCAUACAGGCGUUGUUGUUGGCCUUAGUAAUAUCUUUGAGUUUGGAUACAUCAAGUACCCGCAGGACGAUGAACUGUACUUUAAAUUCUGUGAGGUGAUGGAGGAGAAGGAUCUUUCCCUCUUAGAGAAGGUGGAGUUCACUGUUGUGCCAAAAAACACAUCUGAAGCUGGAGACCAAGCCAUCAGGGUCAAGAGGGUGACCGAGAGUGCGUUCAUCUCUGCUCCCAAGCUAGAGGGUCUGGGCACUGCAGAUAAAGAGAAGAAGAAGAUGACCAUCAAUCUCCUGAAGGACGCCGUACAGACGCCACAUGCGGGAGUCCAAGCGCACCCAGAUGGUCCAAGUACUAUUAAGACGGAAGAGCAGCCUGUCUGUGCUAAACAUGUUGCUGUGGUAACAGCUGACGCUACAAAGGGGAACCUGAGUGAACCCAACCAGUUUACUAAAAAUGCUACGAAAGGGGGAGUGCAGGAGGCCAAGGUGCCCAAGAGCAGAGAGGAGUCUGGGGGAAAGGGAAAGAGCAGCAGCCAGAACAAUGCUAGUGAUGGCAGGCCUGGUGGUCUGAGUCAGCAGAGCUCAAGUAAAGAAGGGAAGCAAGGAGGAAGCAAAGCGAGCAGUGAUAAAGACAGGAAGGGUCGCAGCACGAGUAGAGAGAAGUCUCCUAGACACGAGAAGAGCAGGAGUAGGAGCAAGAGCAAGGAGAAGAACAGUGACAGAUCAACCGUGCAGUCCAAGAGCAAAGAGGAGGCUGGGAAAAAGGAGAAGACUAGUAGCAAUAGUCAGAAAAAUGGAAAUAGCAGCAGCAGCAGUAGAAGCGAGGACAGGAGUGGCAGGUCCGAUCAUCGGAGUCGCCGGAGCUCAAGCAGAGAGGGCAGACGAGGAGAGAAUAAGGACAGGAGCGACAAAGAGCGAAGCCGCAGCAGGAGCAGAGAGCGGUCCCACAGGAGUCGCAGUCGUAGUCGGAGUCGCAGUAGCAGUAGAAGCCGGGACAAGGGAGGCAGGUCUGAUAGGCAUCGGAGCCACCGUAGCUCAAGCAAGGAAAGGAGAGGAGGAGGAGGCAAAGAGAAGAGCAACAGAGACCGGAGAAGUCGCAGCAAGAGCAGAGAGCGGCCUACCAGGCCCAAGCGCAGCAGGAGUAGAAGCAGGGACAGGAGCAGGGACAGGGACAGAGAGAGGAACCGAGAGAGGGACAGAGACCAGGAUCGGGACAGAGACCAGGAUCGGGACAGGAGGAGGAGCCACAGCGCGGAGCGUAAAGAUGACAAGAGAGGAAGCACCAGUAGGGAGCGUCCCUACAGGAAGCGGAGCAGGAGCAGGAGCAGCAGCCCCAAGAGAAGGACCGCGUCCGCGUCCGCAACCGACGCAUCAAAACCCCCCUCAAGUUCUGGCUUAUUUAGUAAGAAUCAGCCAACUCCCGUGCUGACCAGUAUGAGUGCCAGAGGAGGAGGGGCAAGGUCUGGGGUUGUGGACGAGGAGCUAGCGCGCAAGAAGAGGGAACUGGAGGAACUUAACGAGCUGAUAGCGCGGAAGAGAGCAAUUGUGGCCCUGGAACAGAAGAAACGAGCGCCAGUUAUUGAUCCUAAAGAACAGACUGGUUGGAGUUCUCAGCCCUUGCCUGCAGUCAAGAAAGAGAUUCCAAAAUGGUUACCACCAUCUAGUCUUGAUCGCAACCAAGAUGUCAAAUUGCCGACUACACCAAUCAAGUCCAUUUUGAAGAAACCCAAGCAAUCGUUCCUGGAGGUCUCAUCUCCACCUCAGGAUGAAGGAGGGGCCGUCCCCCCGACACCCUCCGUUUCCCAACCGCCCUCUGGCCAGCUCUUUCCCAUACCUGUGCCCCCAGCCCGCUCCGCCCCACCUCUUCCACAUCCGUUUGAUCUAGCGUACCCAGCACGCACACUACCGUCAUCAUCCGCUCACCCAGCCGUGCUGGAGACUCCCUCAGCGCCGCUCCCCUUCCUCGGUACUGAGCAUACUCUUCCUCAACGCCGCUUCAGUCCUCCCCCUCCUCCUCCUCCUCCUCCUCCGCAGCAGCAGGGGGCGCCGGAGUCCAAGAGCAACGCUGCUGUUCAGAUGCAGCGCUUCCUGAAGAUGCUCAACCAAGGUGUGGACACCAGCCUGCUCUCUGCGAUGGCCAAGCAGGAGAGUCCUGUCGUCGAGCCUCAGCGCAGCGUAGCCAGUCCCCCGCGCAGGGACGAGCCUUACGAUCCUUUCAUGGCGGCCGACGAUCAGGAAUACUCCGGCAAAGAUUACCUGCUGCCCCAUGAGAGGCCUGUGGAGGAUGGGAGUGGCUUCUCUCGCAUCGUUGGCAUGAAGCCGGGGCUGUAUGUGGAAGACCAGUUCCUCAAAAAGAGUAACGUGGAGGAGGAAGAGAACUACCUCUAUGGUGACCCUAGGGCCGAAGAUGACCACCAGGACCGGUACAGGCAAGGCCUUGAACGACAUAAGAGCUCAGCACCAAAGGAGCAAUCCAGGGAUGACCACCAGGAUCGGUACAGGCAAGGCCUUGAACGACAUAAGAGCUCAGCACCAAAGGAGCAAUCUAGGGAUGACCACCAGGAUCGGUACAGGCAAGGCCUUCCGCGAUAUAAGAGCUCCGUACCACAUGAGCAAUCCAGAGAAGAAAUGUCUAGACAGACUCAAUACCAAGAAAUACCAGCAGUAGCUGCAGCAGCGGCUACUGAUAAACAAAAAGACAAAGAGACGACUUAUGAUGGAAUUAAGAACAUUUUCAAUAUGUUAGGUAUAGAACUAAAUUCUUCCGAUGUUAGCAAGCUGACAGACAGGACUAGGGAGCGUCUUUAUGGCGGCAAGAGCGCCACGCUGUCGUCGGAACACAAAAAGCGCAAACAUUCCCCUAGUCGCCACAGGAGUCGCACGGCGUCAUCGGACUCGGAUCAAUUUCGGUCAACCUCUCCUGAUAGGCCGACCAACCGGCAGGUGUUCAUGAGCUUCCGAGAUCAGCCACAACAGGACACUGAACGUGACUCGCACAAAGGGAAGAAAAUAAAGAGCCUGGAUGUCCGUGGGCUGACGAGCUACCGAGAUCAGCCACAACAGGACACUGAACGUGACUUGCACAAAGGGAAGAAAAUAAAGAGCCUGGAUCUCCGUGGGCUGACGAGGACUAUCAAGAAUGCACCAGAGAGCCCUACGCUGGAAUCCCCAGAACCAACAGCAGCAUCACAGUCAUCUACUCUGCUGCCUGAACCAUCUCCUGCUCCAACUGUCCCAGACUAUGCAUACCCUUACGCUGGACUUUCGUAUGCUGAGCCCACUUACACCCCCAGUCCAUUUGUUAUUGAUCAUUCUGCAAUGCCUCCGCCUCCACCUCCACCAAGUGUUUAUAACCCCUACACCAUGGUAGCAGGGCCGACAUAUCCACCUCCCCUGACAUAUCCACCACAUCCUCCUCCUGUCAUGCCCUAUAUGGGUGUUCCUGGCCCUGGUCUCCCACAACCACCACCACCCGUGCCUUCAUCUUCCUCAUACUCUCCUGUACUUUAUCCCCCUAACCCUUCCUGCAGUCACCCUUAUAGGGAACCUCAGCUUCCAGCGACUACUGUGAUUCCCACUCUACACUCCCAGCCCACCAAGAUCCUGGAACAAAUCAGCACUGUGAAGCCUCGCUGUCUCAAAGUCAUUGAAACAACUGUUUCACCGGUUCACCGCACUACAAGCAACACGAUAGUCAUUCAGACAAAACCUACACUAACAGAGGAUGGUGUGAAGGAGAGACAGAAGAAAAGGCUGGAGCAGAUCAACCUGAGACUGAAGGAGAAAAACCAGAAGCUCAUGGAAGCUAGACGGGUUAAGAGCAACGAGUCUACAACAGGCAACGUUACCAGUGAAGAGGUUAAGAAUGUCUGGAUUUGCGGUCACUCUCUUGUGACGUGGGCCGAGAAAAUCUCCAGACAGUCUCCAGAGGUGGCCAUGCCCCUGAGCAUGGACCCCGACAGCGUGCGCAUUCAGUGGAAGGGUCUCCAGGGCAUGACGUGGGAGCAGCUCGUACCCCAGCUGCACCAGCUGAAGCUGAACUGGCCCAACCCCGACCUGCUCAUCAUCCACCUGGGGGGCAACGACAUCAACAAGAGCACCUCCGAAGAGCUGCUGAGCGUAAUCAAGAGUGACCUGACCUCCAUACGCAACAUCUUCCCCCGUUGCCUGAUCGUGUGGUCCGACAUCCUCCCAAGACGCAAAUGGAAGCAAGGCGUCUUGCCCGUGGAGGCUGUGGACCGAGUCCGAGACAUGAUCAACUGCCGAGUGCACACUAUACUCGCUGAACUGGGGGGAACCGCCAUCACGCACGAGAACAUUGGCCCUGAACUCUACUGCCCCGAUGGUGUCCGCCUCUCUAAAAAAGGGAUCGAGGCAUUCAACCUGAAUUUGGAAGACUUUCUGGAGAAAUGGAAGAAUGAGGUCUGCCAAGAACCUAAAAACGACUAGAGGAUGGUGAGCUAGUUGUAUUUUUGUUAAUCUUUUUUCACUUUACAGGCAGUUGCCACUUGUUGAUGCUGCUGUUUAUAUGUAUUGAACACUUGAGUCAAGAAUGUAUUUCAGUUUUAUAUCAGACUGUAUUUAGUAAGCCUGUACACAGUCAAUGUCUGAUCUGCGUUACGUUGUUUAAGAACAUUUUAUGUUGUCAAAUAAAGUCUUUUGAAUAAAAUAAUAAUAAUUA